ACAUCAUAUAAUCUAAUGUCGUCUCAAGAAACCAAAUCAGAUCAAAGAAAAGGAGCAGAGAUCUUCAAUGGCGUAUCAAUCUGCAAGCAAAAAGCUCACGAGAUCUUAUCGAACAUGAAUCUACCUAAAGGACUUCUCCCUUUAGACACAAUGACCGAGAUCGGUUUCAACAAAUCAACCGGUUAUUUCUGGAUCAAGAUGAAGAACAAGGUUCAGCACAAGUUUAAAAGCAUCGGCAAAAACGUAUCGUACGAUUCAGAGGUUACUGCUUUCGUUGAGAACCGUAGGAUGCGUAGUCUUACCGGAGUCAAGAGCAAAGAGCUUUUGAUUUGGGUUACCAUCUCUGAAAUUUUUGUUGAUGACCAAGAUCCGACCAAAAUUACUUUUGCUGGUCCCUCGGGUUUGUCACGUUCUUUUCCUGUAUCUGCUUUCGAGGAAUAGAAGAAAUGAUCUGUCAACGGUAUAGUUGAGCUUUUAUUUUCCUGCUCUCGUAAGCUAAAAGUAAACUUAUGUAAUAAUGUUUAUGUUUUCUUUCUUUCUUUACGUCUGGUAUUGUUUCUCUGCCAUUUUUGUUUUCAUAAUUUGAAUCAAUUUACAAUCA